CCGUACAGUGGUUACACGUGAGUUAUGUGGCUUCAAAUCGUGUAAAUAGACCAGUGCUUUGUGUUCUCGAUGGAAUUUUCUGAAAAAUGCAAUCGUAACCCAAAUUCCAGAUUGGAUAUUUUCUGUAAUUAUUAACAGUCCAUUUUAAGAAGUCAACGUCUGCUUUCCGUCGUUAGUGCUGUCACUUAGCUAGUAACAUUAGCUAACUUAGCAUUUAGCUGUUGUCAAGACAUCUGCGAUGAAGUGUGGCUUCAACUUCCUAUUUAUCUAAUAAAAGUGUAAUAUCUUUACGAUGCUGUACUUUAUUGGGCUUGGAUUAGGAGAUGCAAAGGACAUCACCGUAAAAGGACUAGAAAUUGUAAAGCAAUGCAGUCGUGUCUACCUAGAAGCCUACACGUCCAUACUGACAGUUGGGAAAGAUGCGUUGGAGGAGUACUAUGGACGGGAACUGAUACUGGCCGACAGAGACAUGGUGGAACAGGAGGCUGACGAGAUCCUCAGAGGGGCUGACAUCAGUGAUGUGGCAUUUCUGGUGGUGGGAGAUCCAUUUGGCGCCACCACCCACAGUGACUUGGUCCUGAGAGCAGUGAAUGCUGGAAUACAAUACAGAGUCAUUCAUAACGCCUCCAUCAUGAAUGCUGUUGGAUGCUGUGGCCUACAGCUAUAUAACUUUGGAGAGACGGUGUCCAUUGUGUUCUGGACGGACACCUGGAGACCAGAGAGUUUCUAUGAUAAAAUUAAGAAGAACCGGGACCUGGGAAUGCACACGCUGUGUCUGCUUGAUAUCAAAGUCAAGGAGCAGUCCAUGGAGAAUCUGAUGAGGGGUCGUAAGGUUUAUGAACCCCCCCGGUACAUGACCGUCAGCCAGGCGUCCGGGCAGCUCCUGGAGAUCGUAAACAACAGGAGGAAUCGGGGAGAUGACCUUGCCAUCAGUGAGGAGACGAUAUGCGUGGGUUUGGCCCGGGUCGGCGCCGAGGACCAGGCCAUCCGCGCAGGGACACUGAGCCAGCUUGCGACCUGCGACCUGGGAGGCCCGCUGCACUCCCUGAUAGUGACGGGUAACCUGCACCCGCUGGAGGUCGACAUGCUGCGACUUUCAGCCGUCACCGCUGACGCACUGCAGGGCCUCCGUGCUGCGGACAGCUCCACCUACACCUCCUGAUGUACAGCCCUCCGCGCCGCCACCACAGCUCCACCUACACCUCCUGAUGUACGGCCCUCUGCGCCGCCUCCACAGCUCCACCUACACCUCCUGAUCUACGGCCCUCCGCGCCGCCACCACAGCUCCACCUACACCUCCUGAUGUACGGCCCUCCGCGCCGCCACCACAGCUCCACCUACACCUCCUGAUAUACGGUCCUCCGCGCCGCCACCACAGCUCCACCUACACCUCCUGAUGUACGGCCCUCUGCGCCGCCACCACAGCUCCACCUACACCUCCUGAUGUACAGCCUGCUAAACAAACUGACGGUUCCAAAGACACUCUGACUGUUACUUACACACACACACACACACACACACACACACACACACACAGAGGUCCACGUGUUUUACUGGCCUACUAAAAUGCUAUCUUAUCCUUACACUUGUUUACUUGAAAUGUCUCCCAGAUGACACAUCUGGUUGCUUUAUGAUUAUUGUGUCUGUCUGCUAGUUCAGUCUCACUAUGGCCUUCUAACCAGGGUCAUCAAAUUACCUUUGCCGCUUGCUGGCUAAGCCGUGGUGUGCAUUUUGUCAGGAAAUGUAAUUACUGUGAUUGAGGAGUAAAUGAAGGAAAAGGUCAGAGAGGAGCAUAAGUGGGGUCGGAUUAGUGUUUCGCAGAAAUUAAAUGGUCCUGUAAUUUCAUGUUCUGUAUUCUUGUAUUUCAAUUACGGUGGCUUUGCAAAUUAUUCUGACCCCUUCACUUUAUCCACAUUUAUUUGGGUUAUACACUUAAUUUAUAAUAUAGAUUUUUUUUGCUUAUAAUUUUUUAUUGAAAAUUGAAAUAAGCAUUCAAACCUAUAUUCAGUACUCUGUAUGAGUGCCUCAGGCAGAGAUCACAGCUUUGAGUUUUCUUGUCUCAUCAGACCACAGAAUAUUUCCCAUAGUGCUCUAAGAGUCCUUUAAGUGCUGUUUUGCUGCUGUGUAACUUCAGGUGGGCUGUCAUGGGCCUUUUACUCAGGGAGUGGCUUCCGUCUGGCCACUUUGCCAUAAAGGCCUUAUUGAUGGAGGGCUGUAUAGAUGGUUGUGCUUUUGACAUGUUCUCCCAUCUCUGCAGAGAAACCAUGUUAAAGUGGCCAUAGGGUUCAGACCAAGCCCCUUCUUGCCCGGUUACUUAGUUUGGCCAGACUUACAGCUAUGGCAAGGGUCCUGGUGGUUCCAAAAGUCUUCCGUUUCACAAUGAUGGAUCCGCCUGGUGUCUCUGGGACUUUCAAUGCUUUAGCCAGUUUUUAUUACCUUUCCCAAAAUUGUGUUAUUAGUUAUUAGAUUGAUGGCAAAAAAAAAAAAA